CAUAUUUAUCCUUGCUAUCUUAUAAGGAAGAGACCUGGUUGGGUAACUUAAAAAUUAAAUAGGGGCAAUGUCUGACCUUUCCUUUCCGUUGAUUUCUCUCCUGUUUGUCACUGCUGAUAACAUUCCUUCCUACAGUCCUGGCAAUCAUGUCAGGAGCCAGUUUUGUAAUUAAAUAAGAAGUCAUUUCCUCUCUUCACACUUUGCCCAUUCUGUUUAAAAAGUUUGUAUUGGUUUGGUGUCACCUAUUGCUACUACGUGGGCUGUUUACAAACAGUCAAUGUCCCUCUUUUUCCCCCACCACUAAGCAGGCCUCAUUAGCUUUGGCCAUGUGUGUGUUUUGUCUGUAUCCAGGCAGAAGUAACAGCUGUAGUGGAGACAGCUAAACUCAAGCCUGGGGAUUUCAGCAGAAAUCCCCAGCUGUGAAGCCCAGCCAUGCAGUAUUGUGGGAUUUAAAAUAGGCCCAGUGGUCCUCAGUUCAAUCCUUGUACAAAAAAAAAUUCCCUGUCCUAGUCACUCCUCAGAAAGGAGAAGCAAAUCUAUUCAUUAACUAGCAUUUUAGUAGCAUGUUUAUUUUAGAAAGAUCCUCAAGUGAUGUAUACAGUGUACACACACAUCUUUGUACCCAGCUUUGAAAUGCAGCCAUCUCUGGGGUGGAGCAUGUCAGCUGUUUAAUGAAACAAUACUAUAUGAUGAUGCUUAGAAUAGGAAGUAAAGAAUAUAGAGUCCUCACCUUAUUAUUUUUUAUGGUAGUGCUGAUGACAUGGUGGUUGCUGACAUGCAAGAAGGAACAGCCCCCUGCAUCGAGGAACUCCCAGGACAGACAUCCAAAGAGCCAACUGUUGCCUGGGAAUAACUUCACAAAUGAAUGCAACAUUCCUGGAAACUUCAUGUGUAGUAACGGACGCUGUAUCCCAGGGGCCUGGCAGUGUGAUGGGCUGCCCGACUGCUUCGAUGAAAGUGACGAGAAGGAAUGCCCAAAAGCCAAAUCCAGAUGUGGCUCCACGUUCUUCCCCUGUGCUAGCGGGAUCCAUUGUAUCAUUGGCCGCUUCCGGUGCAAUGGCUUUGAGGACUGUCCAGAUGGCAGCGAUGAAGAAAACUGUACAGCAAAUCCCUUGCUGUGCUCUACUGCUCGAUUCCACUGUAAGAAUGGCCUUUGCAUCGAUAAAAGCUUUGUAUGCGACAGUCAAAAUAACUGCCAGGACAACAGUGAUGAAGAAAGCUGUGAAAGCCCUCAAGAAACUGGCAGUGGCCAAGAUUAUGUGACCUCAGAGAACCAACUGCUAUAUUAUCCCAGCAUCACCUAUGCUAUAAUUGGCAGCUCAGUUAUCUUUGUGCUGGUGGUGGCUUUCCUCGCCUUGGUUUUGCACCACCAACGAAAACGCAACAACCUCAUGAGCCUGCCUGUGCAUCGGCUGCAGCACCCUGUCCUCCUGUCCCGGCUGGUGGUCCUUGAUCAUCCACACCAUUGCAGCGUCACCUACAAUGUCAACAAUGGAGUUCAGUACAUGUCCAACCAGACCUGCCACAGGCCACUGGAUCUGGAUUCUCCACCAUCCUAUUCAGAGGCUGUGUUAGACCAAAGACCCCCUUGGUUUGAUCUUCCUCCACCCCCUUACUGCUCAGAUUCUGAAUCCCCCAGUCAGACAGAUCUCCCUCCUUACCGAUCUCGGACAGGAAGCUUGGUGAGCACAGACACUCCAGUGGCAGGAAGCCCCUUGAGCACAGGCAGCAGUCGGACAAGAGGUGUCAGUAACAGUAUGGACCAUCACAGAAUGCUUCGUGAGAGAACACCUGAGCAAAAUGACUCUCUGAUCAGUCCUGUUGCUGAAAGAGAAAUGUGACCGGGGAAUUGAAAAGGGUAUAUGGGUUAGUCUGCUGUGGCUUGUUACCGUCAGAGAUGGGCCUGAGCUGUGAUGUUCAGAAUGGGAUUUGAUCUGAAUCCAAAUCGCAUCUUCCCCAAGUUUUACAGGUGCUCUGUUUUGGUGUUUGGGCUCAUCAUAGGCAAAGACCAGAGCCAUGAGCUGAAGAUCCAGGUUCACGUCUGAACUGCCUGGAGUUGAUAGAGGAAGGGUUAAGUCUGGAGCUACGUCCUCACUACGGGGGGGG